CGAGGCAGGGCUGGAACCUCACCGGGCUCUUUCCGGAGCCAGCCUCCCCGGUCCGGGCUCUUGGCUGUUCUCCCCUGCGCCCCCGAUUCUCCAGGUCGGCCAAAGCAGGAGGCCCCGCGGGAGGCCCGGAUCGGGUCAGCCGGAACCGCCCACUGCAGCUCGGCUCCCGGCUGUGGCGCAGAAACCCGAAGAAAGUGAAAGAACGUCUCGGACCGCGCAGAUCUGCCCCACUAGAUCUGACUAGGGGACCUGCGAAGGGGGAGGAAGAGGGCCUUGCGGAUGGCGGAGCUGACCGGGCGGGGGCGGUUGGGGAAAAGACACCCAGGUCCAGAUGGGGAGAAGAAAAGUUCUAGGACAAGAGUUCUCGAAUCCCACCACCCGGAUGGCGACAGGUUAGAGGAGGUCCUGGGUCCAAGCAGUUCCUCUCACCAGAGAACCAAGAUGGAAAUUGGCGUAACAGAAUCACACCUUCGCACAGAAUACACAGUGCAACACUUCGGCAGGACCAAGAGGAAGAGACCGACUGUUGGCAUCCGGCACUGUGGCUCCUGCAUGAAAACAGUGGCUGGCGGAUCCUGGGCUUACGGCCACCACUUCUGCGGCACGGUCAAGUCUGACAUCAGAAGGCUGAAGGAACUGAAAGACCAGUAGACGCGCUGCCGUUUGGGAUAUCCCUAGCCCACAAUAAAUGGAUUAAUGUAUGUAACAAAAAAA